AUGCCACCGCCCAAGACGACCGAUCGCGGCCCAAAGAGUAAUGAGGAUACUCAGACGGACUUUGCCGAGCUCGACGUCCUGCGAAACACGGCCCCGCCCGCCACAGCAAUCAACAAUUGCACAGAAGACGGAUUCGCCUUGAACAAUGAUAUGAAGAUUCAUGGAAGCGGCUUGUUCUUGGUAGGAGGGGAGGCCUUUCGGUGGCGGCCAUGGCUGCGGGCAGAUGGCAAGGAAGGGACGGUUGCUGAGGGCCGAGUCGGCGAGGAUGCCUUGACUGGGAGGUUAUUGAACGCGAAGCGGCUGUGGGAUGUACCCAAGGAGGCCUGGGGACUGUUAGACCUGGUCUGGCCAAAGCCCGAUCUUCUUAUUAUUGGAACUGGUCCACGGGUUGUUCCUAUAUCUCCCGAAGUGCGUCGCUACCUCAACGAUCUGGGCAUACGACUGGAGAUCCAGGAUACCCGGAAUGCGGCCGCUCAAUUCAACCUCCUGGCUACUGAGCGCGGUGCUACACAGGUUGCCGCCGCCCUUAUCCCCAUUGGCUGGAAGGAGGGGCGAUGA